AUGGGUUCUGUCGAGGUUCCAACACAUCACAAGGCUAUCGUCUACGACAAGCCCGGCGAGAUCUCCACCAAAAUCGAAACGAUCGAGACGCCAAAGCCAGGUGUCGGCGAGGUUCUUAUCAACCUCACACACUCGGGCGUAUGCCACAGCGACCAGGCUGUCAUGUGCAACAGGUGGACGUGGUUACCAGCUCCUACUCAAGCAGGUCAAGUGGGAGGCCACGAAGGCGUGGGCAAGGUCGUCGCCCUGGGCCCGGGGGCUGAGAACACGGGCGUCAAGAUUGGUGACCGUGUUGGUAUCAAAUGGAUGGCUGGCACUUGCGGUAAUUGCAUGCCUUGCUUGGCAGGAAAAGAUGCCUGUUGUUUGAGUGGAAAGAUCAGUGGAUAUUUCACACCGGGCACUUUUCAGCAAUAUGCUCUGGGACCAGCACACUAUGUCACCCCAAUACCUGAUGGUGUUCCAAGCGAUCUUGCAGCUCCCCUGUUAUGUGGAGGUGUGACGGUCUAUGCAGGUUUGAAAAAGACGAGUGCACAACCAGGUGAUACGAUUGUGAUUCCUGGAGCGGGUGGUGGUCUUGGACAUUUAGCUAUUCAAAUUGGAAAUGGAAUGGGAUUCCGCAUGAUUGGCAUCGACUCUGGCGAAAAGGAACAGUUUGUACGAGGGCUUGGGGCCGAGGCAUUCUUCGACAUCAGCAAGUACAGCAGAGACAAGGAGGGAACUGCCAAGCUUGUGGAAGACGUCAAGGCGGCCUCCAGUGACGGACUCGGCGCGGCCGGUGUGGUUGUCUGUACAGCAUCGAAUGCAGCAUACGGUCAAGCCUUGCAGAUGUUGCGCUUUGGUGGAACUUUGGUCUGUGUUGGUGUUCCUGAGGGUGAGCCAGUACCUAUCGCAGGUGCCGAUCCAGGUUCUAUGCUUGUGCAGGAGAAGCGCAUCGUUGGCAGUGCUGUUGGCAAUCGCAAGGACGCGAUAGAGACAAUGCACAUGGCGGCACGAGGAAUAGUCAAGACUCACUUCACAGUCGAGCCCAUGUCGAAGUUGACCGACGUCUUCGAGAGGAUGGACAAGAUGCAGUUGCAGGGACGAGUUGUUAUAGAUUUGAGUCAAGAAUAG